AUGUCUUUUGCUGAAAAGAACGGCUGGAAAGCAGAACAUACGCAGUCGAUGCUAUUUUCUGAUAUUAUCGAGAGUGGAUUUGCACAAUUACUUUACACAAGACUUACAGGUUUUGGAAUAAACUCUUUUAAUCUAAACAUUCGUCAAUGGGAGAAAAACCUAAAAGCUAGGCAGUUAAAUAUAAAAGAAAAAUAUCUUAUUCCAGCAACAUUCAUUCCAACUUCAAAAGGUCCAACUAGAAGUUCUGUAUUAAUUACAAAUCAAAACGGACGGUUGAACGCUUUUGAAAUUAAGAAGGCACCAUUUCGCUUGUUAGAGAAUUCAUUGGACGAGGAAUUGAUUCUAUCAUCAUCAUCUUUAAUCGAAGGCAAGUUCUCAGCUGAAUUUAAAGAACAAAGACGAUUAAAUUUAGAAAAAGUUCCACAAAUAGUUCAACCCAUUGUCAAAGGACGAUCUCCAAUAUUAUUGCGCGACUCACUUGAUAUUAAACCUUUGCUAUCCAGUGUUAAUACUGUCACUGGUAAAGAUACGUCAGUACUUGGUAUAGGAUGGGAUUUAAUUCAAGAGUAUUUAGCUGUCGACUACCAAGGAAGCUUAGAUCCUUCUGUUCAGCGUUAUUAUUGGAUAAUAGGAAACGAAGUAUUAUUAUUAAUUAGACAGACUUAUUCUGAAACAAUAAAUACCCAAAUUUUUAUGGUUGCUGAACAACCAAAUAUAAAAUUAACAUAUUAUCAUGCAGAUCAACAUUGGAAAGUUAUAGUUAAACAAAACGAAAAACGAAUUUAUGGCGGUACACAAAGUCCAUUUGAUAAAGCAAAUGCAACUGGCUUUACUAUUGGUUGGAAACAUUAG